AUGGAACGAUUUGAAGUAUUUCCAUUACACCGAAACAAACACCUCAUCAAACAAUGUUGUGCUGUAAUUAAUUCCGAAUGGCCACGCAGUGAAAUGGCCAGGUUACACAGUUUGGAGGCAUCUUGUGAUACAUUGCCAACAUCUUUGAUAUUGGUUAAAAAAGAAGAAGAUGACUUCAAAGCAGUUUUAGGACAUUCAAAAAUUACACCAAUACCGUCUAUUCCUGAUGGCGGUUUCAUCGAAACAGUGGUCAUAAUAAACCAUCACCGAGGACAAGGACUAGGAAAAUAUCUUAUGUACAAGACUGAAGAAUACAUAAAAACGUUAGGUUUAAAUUUUGCAUACUUGUCUACAAUAGACAAACAAGAGUUUUACUCAAAACUUGGAUAUAUUCAAUGUCAGCCUAUUUCAAUUUAUGGAGGAUGUUUGAGUAGCAUCAAUAAAUCCAAUAUGGUUUCUGUAAUUUUGCCAUCAAGAAAAACAUUCAUGAAAAAAAAAUUAACAUGA